GCGAGGGGCUCGUCUCCUGCUGGCGCGCGCCGCGUGCACUCGGCGCCGCCGCGCUCGCAUAAGGGGGUCGAAAGCCCUGUGCAGGGGAGCGAGACGGAGCGAGUGGGCCGCACGCGCGCGCGCGCGCGAGCACGCAGACACGCUCCCCACACUACGAACGCGCCGCUGCUGGCGCAGCUAUCAGUGCUCUCACCGCCGCUGCGUCCCGCCUAGUCGCGCACACAGGCAACUCGCUGGCAGCAGACGCAUCGCUCCGCGGCGGUCCUUCCCUCGAGGCCCUCUCGGGAGUGCGAGUACGAGCGAGUGCUGGUGCAGGUGCGCGCCGCGAGUCGCGGGUCGCGAGUCGAGCUCCCCAUGCGGGCAGCGGCCGCAAGGAGCCGCGGCAGCCCCGAGUCCAGCUGAGCCGGCGCGCUGGCCCAGGCCGAGGACGAUUGCCCCGGCGGCCGGCCUGAGCAGCGGCAGCAGCUGUCCUGCGGGAGGAGCGGCCGAGGAUCAUCAUGGUCAUGAUGGCCGGCAUGGACGAGCACGAGCGCAAAGUCGUCGUCGAGUUCUGCCACCUGCUCGAGAAGAGCAAGCAGCUGUUCAACGGCCUGAGGGACCUGCCCCAGUACGGGCACAAGCAGUGGCAGGCCUACUUCGGCCGGACCUUCGACAUCUACACCAAGCUCUGGAAGUUCCAGCAGCAGCACCGGGCCAUCCUCGACAGCAAGUACGGCUUGAAGCGAUGGCAGAUCGGCGAGAUCGCGAGCAAGAUCGGCCAGCUGUACUACCACUACUACCUGAGGACCAGCGAGACGAGCUACCUGCACGAGGCGUACUCGUUCUACGCGGCGAUCCGCGGCCGGGCGUACUACAGCCGCGCCGCCAAGGAGGACCGGAGCGACCUGAUGGUGAAGAAGCUUAGGUACUACGCGCGGUUCAUCGUCGUCUGCCUGCUGCUCAACAAGAUGAAGCUGGUGCGCGAGCUGGUGCAGGAGCUGGACGCGCAGAUAGCCGACUACAGCAGCACGUACGAGCCGGACGACCAGGUCGAGUGGAACCUCGUGCUCGAGGAGAUCAAGGCGUUCGUGAAGGCCGAGUCGGCGCUCGCGGUCCUGCACGCCGAGUCGAACGCGCCCGUCGUGCUGACGCACAGGCUCGGGGCGCUGACCUCGCCGCCCGUCGAGCGCUCGCCACCCAUGUGCCUAUCUCUGCAGGAGAUCCUCAUCGUCGGCAACUGCGCCGAGCAGGUCAAGUUCAGCGAGCUCUCGAUGGACAUGUUCCGCAUGCUGCAGACGCUGGAGCGCGAGCCGCGGGACGACCCGAACCACCUGCACGACGCCUCGCCGGCGGGCCGCAUGCCCUUCAGGCCGGGCCCCUACCCGCCGGAGAACGGGGCGCCGCGGCGCGAGAACCCCCACAAGUAUCUCCUCUACAAGCCGACCUACAGCCAGGUGCAGGUCUUCCUCGCGAGCGGCUUCAAGGAGCUCCCGGCGAACGGCGCGCUGCUGCUCUACCUCUCGGCCGACGGCUGCUUCUCCACGGUCAAGCGGCCCGAAGAAAUGGGCUACGACCUGGGCGGCGUCUCGACCUCGGCGAAGCGCGAGCCCGAGCACAAGGGCUCCCAGGCCCACGGCCCGCAGCAGCGCCUCGCCGGCGGCAAGGAGCCGCACUGCCUCUACCCGGGCGACCUCUACCCCUUCACCCGGAAGCCGCUCUUCGUCGUCGUCGACUCGGACAACAGCUUCGUGUUCCAGCAGGUCCCGCGCUACUUCGGCCAGCCGCUGAUGGUGCUGAUGUCGCCGCAGGAGACGCCGCCGAGCCUGCGCGAGCUGCGCCACGCCGGCAGCCUCUUCACCCUCUUCCUGCACUCGCCACUAGCCGCCUUCUGCCUUAUCUGCAACGUGGCCAGCCUGCCGAUCCAGCACUGGGAGCGCUGCCAGCGCUACGUCGAGCAGUUCCUCAUCGAGGCCAGCCGGCUCGUGCUGCGCUCGCGAUGCGAAUCGAGCGUGCUGCAGUUCUUCGGCGACGACUUCCUGCGGCUGCUGCUGCUGCGCUACGUCUUCUGCGACGUGGUGCUGCACCUGCACCGCUCGUUCCGCGGCAGGCAGCAGAGGCCGCGCUGUCAGCCGCCGCUGCCCGAGGCCGAGCUGCUGGAGCACCCCUCGCUCCACCACCUGGUCCUCGACCUGGCCACCUGCCUCGACGCGCGCGACCACUUCCCGGACAGCAACGAGCUCGCCUGACCCAGGCGAUUGCCGGCUUCGGUCGACUUUGCCGAUCAGCACUGGGAGCAGCAGCAGCAGCAGCAGCACCGCUCGACGCCCAAGUCGCACCAGUACGGCUCGUCGGCGCGGGACUACGAGUACGACUACUGCGGCAGCGCCGGCGCCGGCUACAACUACAACAACAAGAUCGCGAGCCUCCGGCCCCACUGAGUCACAGUUUUCCCUUAUUCCUCUUGCCCGCCUCUUUUGCGCGAGGCCUUUUGACUGGGCUGCUGCAAACUCUCCCGGCCGACGGAUCAUCUCACCACUCUCUCGCAAACUCCCACCUUCUUUACCUCCGAUCCGCUAUUCGUUCGCUCGUACGCUCCGCCACGCAUCGUUCCUGUACAUAUACUUAAACAUAACUAUCGUCCGUGCGCGAGAAUUUGCAGCAGCUUUGCCUUUCCUUCGAAAAAGGAAUCAAGUAUACAGAGAGAAGUCAUGAUGGAUAGAGAGCGAGAGAGGUGCGGUAAUUGGGUAUUUCACGAAGUUGCAUUUGUCAUCGACACACAUUGCUUUUUAAUGACCUAACUAUACUACCAGAUGAUAUAGAUUUUUAUCCUUAAGAAACAUGUUGCAGUUCACGCGCGUUCCAAGAUUACUGAGACAAACAGGAAGCCGGUUAAUUGAUAAGCGAAACGGCCGGAAAACUUUUCUUCUUCUCUACUUGUCCGACUUUCUCAUUCUGUUCCACUAAGGGAAGAACUAUAAUUAACCUAGUCCAGGUAUAGAACUGUUAUUAAAGGAAUACUGCGCAUUAAAGAGAAAAUCUUAUUGAAUCUACGCUAUUUUUUCCGUUCGAAUUCUUCAGACGACUCGAGGGGAGAAAACAUAAUAAUGACGAUGAUGUAUAUUUUCUGUACUGAGAUACUUGAACAUAAAGAAUAUAGUUAAAUUUGAUAAACGCAGACGUUAUGCAUAUUAACGUAAUUCUGUUGCGACAUUUCGCACUGUAAAAUAAUUGUAAAGUUUUUAAACUACGGUAUAACUUCUACAAUUUUAGAAAACUUAGCUAGGAAAUGAAGGGAAAAAAGUUCACAAUAAAGUUAGGAUAUUAUUUACUUUUAUUAACUAAAGAAUUGCGGCGGGAUGAGGAUGUUGUGAAAUACUCAAUUAAGAUGAUUCAUUAUCGGAGUUACAACUCUCAGCGCUAUAACUUCACUAAUUUUGAGACAAUGGGGAAAAUAUACAUAUACUGAAAAUGUAAUAUAUAUAUAAAACAAAAAGUAUAUACGAAUCCAAGGGUUUUCUUUAAAAGAAAAACAAUUAGCCUUAAGGCGCGAAUUCAUCUUGCUCUCGAAGGAACAGGCUCCACUUUUGUUUGGGCGUACGUAUAUGAGCUGUCUCUGCAUGCAUAACGGCAAACGAAUAUUACGCGCCGGGCACGAGAGGGAUGAAGUCCUAAAUUAGAAGCGACACUUUCGAGCGAAUUCCUCUUGUGAAAGAACCAUAUAUUUUAUAUUUUUAUCAACGCUACGCCACUUAUUCCUUUCUAUCAUUCUUUAGUCUUGACUAGGAAAACAAAUAUCAAUACUCGAGAGAUAUUCUUUCAACGUUUGGGUCGUUGAGUAGCUGCGAUUGCUCGUAUAACAGUUUCAAAUAAUCACGCCGCAAUUAAUUUCUAUACAAAUGCAACAACUUUCGAGUAGACAAGUUCCCUGUUCGACCCAAAUCUCGCAGUUGCGCCUUCAGCGUUGAUGCACGCGCAAAAGAUACUUGAGAGACGAGGAAAUAAGCAGAUAAAUAAUAAAGAAAAAAGUGUUCGCGGAUUACUGUUAUACAAUUAUAUAAAAGACGAGAGCGAGAAGUGCGAGCGAGCCACAAUCGCGGUACAUACAAACGCCGACCGGGUAACUCUUGCGACUGCUUGAACUGUGUGCGUCUGUCUGCCUGUCUGUUUGCUGAAAGAGACGAAAGGAUCUGAAGGAUAUAAGAAACGGAAAAGAUAUUAUAAAUAAUAAACACACGCAAGAAAAAUUAUAUAUAUAUAUAUAUAUACAUAUUGAAAUACAUAUUAAACACGUACACACAUGUACUCGAGCGGAAAAAAACCUUGACACGCGCCUGCGAAUACUGUGAUUCCCUUUUUUACAGGCUCUACGAGUAGUGUAUCUUGGGCGGAGAGCAGUUGUAUUGUAAUCGGAAAUGACUAUGCUUGUUGAUUCUGUAAUGAUCUUUGCUUGUCGAACUAAAGCUCCGAUAUCUGCGCAUAUAUACACGGCUUUAUCUUCUUUGCGAGCUGUUGCUGAUUUGUGGGAGACGACAUUGUCGAGGUGUAGCUGAGACGGUUCUUUAUUAUUAUUAUUAUUAUUAUUAUUUCCAAUUCUGAGAAAGCAGCGAGUUUUGUUUAUUUCGAAACGAUUUUUAAAAAUGUUAAUUAUUGGUCGACCGCACAUGUCACAUGCGAUUGUUUAGUUUUAAGUAGAUCAUUGCUUUGCUUGCUUUUCGUUUGAGAGUUGCUCGUCUAGUCCUUGUUUAAGACUGCUACUAUAUGGCAUUAGAAAAAAUCAUCUGAUUGAUAUUAAAAGUUAAAAUAUAUAAGUUAGAAGUGUACAUAAUGAAUCGUGCGGCGAAACAAACGUACAAAUUGAAAGAUGAAGUCAAAAAGACGUUACGUCAUCGUUACAUUGAUUGUGAUCGAGGCAAAAUUACGGAAUCGAAAAAUGUAUAUGUUCUUCUCUUUUAUGGGAGGAAAUAUCGCUCUCAAGCAGAGCGAACGUCCAAUUUCAACAAAUCCAUCCAUCUAAUUUAGAGUAAACUUAUAAUCUCGUUGAAUGAGUUUCGACAUUAUCGAUGAUGAUCCCGGAAGGAAAUAUAAUUAACAUUUGCGAAAACACUUUUCAAAUAAACAAAGCAGUCGUCUUCUUCGCGAUUAUUGCAGCCUGGAAAAUACCGUAUACCGUUGAUUUCGAGACUAUAGUCAGUUGAGAAACGUGCGUGAGUGAUAAAAGCAGGAGAAUGAGACUUGAGCGAGAAAAAAGCUGCGCUCAAUCGAUCAAAUCGUCCUUGUUUGAUCGAGAAUAAUUCCGCUUGUUGCGCGCGAAGAAUUCAGCUGGGUUCUUGCGUUUUUCAUUAGCGCCGAUGCCGUAGGGUACAUAUGCAUAUAAAAUACACACACACACCCACACACAAGCUUUUACUUUUCGGUUGAACGGUGAUGUGCUCGAUGUGAGUGAAGAUGAAUAGAUAAGAGAUUAAAAAAAUUGUUGAUUGAAAAGCGCGAUUUUCUACAGAUAAGUAUUUUGUGAAUCGAGAAUCGUUCUUGGCCAUAUCGAGAGCGAGAGCCGGCGAAUGCGCUGAGAAAAAGUGAAAAACAAAUGAAAAAAAAAGAAUGAGCGGGAGAGAUUGCGCUGCAGCUAUUAUAAGUUAGACGAGGAUUAUAAAACGACAACACCUUGUGGUUUCAUCCAUAAUGUAAACGCUAUACUAAGUGAAAAAAAAAACAAAAAAAUUACGAGGGACUUUACAGAAAUAAAAAAAAAAAUUUGUUGAAACGGCGUCGUUGGUCGAGAGUAAUAUUAAAAUACGAGAGGAGACGCCAGUUUUUCCACGGCCACUAUCGGUUCCGCUCCGCGGAUUGUAAAAUAAUUUUAUACAAAUGAUGAUAAAAAAAAAAGAAAUAAUAAAACUUUAAUAGUUAAGAUGUUCGCGGGGGGCGGGGGCCAGGAGUAGCCGUAGGAAAAAUUGUUACUUCCGACUGCCCGCGCAACGCUCGAAACUUGCGAAACGUUGAAUUAUAGGCUCUGUGUUAUGAAUAAAACUUGAUGCUCUUUUCGACAAA